UAGGUUUUUACUUUUGGUUUUGGCAUUAUCCUCUUUGAUCUUCGCCCUCCUCCUCUCCUCGGCUUUUCCUUGCAUUGCAUUCUCAGACUCGAACAAGAACCUGAACCUUCAGAUCUCCUGCCGUCCUAAGUGCUCGGUGAUCGAAUCUCACCAUCUCCUCCGUGCUAGCACUCGGCACCGUGACUAGCUCUUCCUCUCAAGCUCUCAUCGAGCCCUCGGAACUUUGCUGCUGUUCUCUCCAUUGUGUCUCCUAUCUUGAGCAGAAAGAAAUGGCGAUUUUUAGAGUUGCAGCUAGAUCGUUAAAUGGCUGUUUGUCGCGCCAAUUACAUCAGACUAAUAUUUCCAGAUGUCUCUCAAUAUGGUCAAAUAUGGCAGGAAAUGGACCUAAUGACCAGCAGACUAAUAAUUCUGCUGAGUCUGCUGAGGAAUUUGGGCGUCGGAUAUUUGGCAAUAAUCCUAGCAGCAAUUCCAAAGUUGAUGCUCUUUUCCAAAAGCUUGAUGAUCUGGGUGGGGGUCGUAGUAAGUCAAGUUCUAGAACUGAGAUGUUGAAUGAUCUGGGUGAAGGUUUUGACACAUUAACUGAUGGAAUGGAUGGAAAACUGGAGAAGGCAGCCAAAUACUUUGAAUAUGAUUCUGAGGAAAUAGAUGAAGAUGGUUAUUCUUUUCGAUAUGAUAUGAGUUUUGGGCGAGCUUCAACAUAUAAUAUUAAGGAUCUUGAUCUUACAAAACCAGCUGCAACAAAAAUUGCCAAUGACGAUGAGUUUGCAGUAACCACUGAAGAAGUUCUCAGAAAAGCAGAUUUCAGGAACGUAAGAUUCCUUGCAAACUUCAUAACACCAGCUGGAAUCAUUAUCAAGAGGAGCCAGACUGGCAUAAGUGCGAAGGCUCAAAGGAAGAUCGCCAGGGAGAUUAAAACUGCACGAGCUUUUGGGUUGAUGCCCUUCACAACAAUGGGGACGAAGGCAUUUAUUUUUGGUAAAACUAUGGAGGAUCUCGAUGAUGAUUACGUGUCUCGGAGUUAUGAUACCUACAUGGGCGUUAAUAUGGAAGAUCCUUGAGUCAGAGAUAUGGUUAUAAUGUGAGGUUAAAGUAACCUCCGUUGCUCGAAAUGACUUUCUAGGGAAAAAUAUCCUGCCCCUUCCCUCUUCCUCAACCCAAGAGACAGCUUUUUUCAGGGAAUUUUGAUAAACGGGCACAAGCUGCUUGUGUAUUUAUUUGUAUUGUUUAUUAAAGCCAGCCGUUGACUUUAUUUGAGAAUUUGUCAUGGUUCAGCUUCUAUGUAAAUUCAGGUCGGGUCACAAUGUGAAUGCAGGCUUUUGGCAUGUCAUCGCCUGUGAUCAAUCUAGAAGCAGGCUGUCCGUUUUUCAGUGAAUAUAGUUUAUGAUAUCUUUUUCAGGCUGUUAUUUAUUUAGUCUGCAUAUCUUUAGUAGAUUAAGGAACUUCUUUCAUUUU